UAUCGCCCUAAAAGUCUAUCUUCGACCAGGUAAAUGCAUUGGUGGGCAUAACCCACAAAAUUCGCCGAUAUGGGGAUCUUUAUAAAAUCUAAAACAACACAAUCUCUCUGGUAAUAUUCAAUUUGCCAUAUAUUCCCAUCAUCAAGUUGUAAAUCAUGAUAAACAUUCAUCGUUGCUGAAAAUUAUUUCUUGAAAUGGAAGAGGUAGAUUCGCUAAGGAUCAAACAAAUUCCCCAUGAUGUGAUGAUAGACAUCUUGAAGAACUUGCCUGGGAAAUCCCUCUUGAGAUUCAAAUGUGUAUCUAAAACAUGGUAUAAUUUGGUAAAUAGCUCUAAUUUCACCGAUAUCCAUUACAAUCAUGAUUGUCUCUCAAAUGACUUUGUUCUUUUGAAGCGUUACAUCGGUAAUGAUGAGAUAGAUGCAGAAAGCAAUUAUUAUAAAGGUCAUAAUAUUCUGUCCUGCCAUUCAAUUGAUGAAUCAUUCAAAUCUAGAGCACCAAAUGUAACAUAUUUUGAUAACUAUAUAGGUGUUAGCAUUGCAGGACCUUGCAAUGGCAUAGUCUGCAUAGGUAGUUACAGGACUAUUUUUUUGUACAACCCAACAUUAAGAGAAUUUUGGGAACUCCCUCCUAGCCAAUACUCAUCUACUAGACAAGACCUUAACCACACGAUGCAAAUCGUCGCGGGAAUUGGGUUUGACCCCAAAACAAAUGAUUAUAAGGUUAUUAGAAUCUUCAAUUUUGACGAAUAUCCUCUAAUUAAGGAUGUUAGUACUAUUGAGAUCUAUAAUCUAAGUACAAAUUCUUGGAGAGAAAUCGAUGAAGUACCAUCGAUGAUUCACCCUUCUCGUUGUUUUAAGGUAUUAUUUAAUGGGGUUUUUCAUUUGUGCGGAACAAUGGCAUCACCAAUGGUAGAAAAUUGGAUCGUUUCUUUCAACUUUAGCACAGAGUUGUUUCAAAAUAUUCCUUAUCCCGACGGCCUAGUUGAUAUGCAAGGAAAGAAUCUUGUCAUCUUAAAUGAAUGUCUUGCAUUGAUUUGUUAUCCUACGAUGUAUUUUUGGUUUGACGAGCAAAUGCCCCAAAUGGUUGAUAUUUGGGUGAUGAAGGAAUAUGGUGUUAAAGAAUCUUGGACUAAGGAGUUUACCAUCGGCCCAAUCUUCAUACAGACACCUUUGUCAAUUUGGAAGAAUGAGACAGAGAUGCUAAUAGAAAGCAAGAAUGGAGAACUUGUGUCGUGUAACCUCCUCAGCCAAGAAAUUAAAAAUCUUGACAUAUCAGGUGAUGCGGAAACAUUGGAAGUUGUUGUUUGUAAGGAGAGCUUGAUAUCGAUCAAGAAAGAGAGAGAGGAGUGGUUAUGAUAUGUUACCUAGUGAUUCAAUGAUUAUUUGAAGAAAGGAAUAUUAGGUGUAGUUUAAUGCAGGUUGGUUUAUUUGAUGUCCUUUUAGCAGUAAGAGAAUACAGAGAUUAUUGCCUUGGCUAUUUUGGGCUUCAGAUCGACAUAUGUUUAUUUGUUAAUUUAAAAUAGAGAAGGUAUGAUUUUGUUUGUGUAAAGUAAACACGUUACAAUACGCAAUAUACCCGCCCAGUGUUACAUAUCCGUGUUACUGUAUAACUAUUGAAUUUAUACAGUAAAUCUGCUCUUCUAGUUGAAAUAUUGUGUUAUCCUUGCUCGAAGAUUGUAACGGUGGUGAGCUUUUUGUUUUCUUUAUUUACUACAGUGCAUGUGAAUUAUAUUGUAAAAUGUAUUCUGGACAAAA